AUGAGUUACAACAAAAAGGUGUCGUAUUUCUAUAAUCCGGACGUAGGGAACUUUCACUACGGGCCUGGACAUCCGAUGAAACCUCACCGACUCGCUGUGAUUCACAGUUUGGUGUUGAAUUACGGAUUGCACAAAAAGAUGCAGAUCUAUCGUCCAUAUCGCGCGAGUACUCAUGAUAUGUGCCGCUUUCAUUCAGACGAGUACGUCGAAUUUCUACAGAGGGUAACCCCGCAAAACUUGCAAGGAUACACGAAGUAUCUGAGUCACUUCAACGUAGGUGACGACUGUCCCGUCUUCGAAGGACUGUUCGACUUCUGUUCCAUGUACACAGGCGCUUCGUUGGAAGGUGCUACCAAGCUAAAUAACAACUGCUGCGACAUUGCUAUUAAUUGGAGUGGAGGAUUGCACCAUGCGAAGAAGUUCGAAGCUUCUGGCUUCUGUUACAUCAACGACAUUGUCAUAGCAAUCUUGGAGUUGUUGAAGUACCAUGCCAGAGUAUUAUACAUAGAUAUAGAUGUCCACCAUGGGGACGGAGUACAAGAAGCAUUUUAUCUCACGGAUAGGGUAAUGACCGUGUCUUUUCACAAAUAUGGAAAUUAUUUCUUUCCUGGCACAGGAGACAUGUACGAAAUCGGUGCAGAAAGUGGGCGGUAUUAUUCCGUUAAUGUGCCAUUGAAGGAAGGUAUUGACGAUACAUCGUAUGUUCAAGUAUUCAAGCCUGUUAUAUCCCAUGUGAUGGAGUUCUUCCAACCAACUGCUAUAGUCCUGCAAUGUGGAGCAGAUUCACUCGCAAAUGAUCGUCUUGGCUGUUUUAGUUUGAGCACGAAAGGUCACGGCGAAUGUGUGAAAUUCGUGAGAGACCUGAACGUACCAUUGCUCACUGUUGGAGGAGGAGGAUACACGUUGCGCAACGUUGCGCGUUGCUGGACCUAUGAAACUUCUUUACUUGUUGAUGAGCAGAUCAGCAAUGAGUUGCCUUAUACGGAGUACCUGGAGUAUUUCGCUCCAGAUUUCACGUUGCAUCCUGACGUUGUAACGAGACAGGACAACGCAAACAGUAAACAAUAUUUAGAGGCUAUCACGAGACACGUGUAUGAUAACUUAAAAAUGAUCCAACAUUCUCCAAGUGUCCAAAUGCAGGAUGUGCCGUGCGAUGCAUUGCCACCAGAAGAAGAAAGGCAACCGGAACCUGAUCCAGACUCCAGGCAAAAUGUGCAAGACACUGACAAGUUAGUUGAACCAGCUAAUGAGUAUUAUUCCGGAGAAAAAGAUCAGGACAAGAUGGAUUAAACCCGUUACUUGCGAGUAAUUCAACAGUCGCAAGCUUCGCAAAUUCUUACCAAGGUAGUAGAUAUCCCGACGCUCUCUGCGGCGGAGAAAGCAAUAGAAAAGUUUCUUCUCUUCUCCACUGGUGUCAGAGUAUCGUAUGGUACCUUCUGUGGAAGAUAGGAAUGAAGGAUGGCGCAGAGGGCCAAGCCGUCGUUCCACGAACUACUGAAAUUCGUAAUAUCGAUAUUACGGUAGCCCAUAGUCUUGUUUUGACACCAUUUCAGUAA